AUGUUGAUAAUGAAGUUUGUGAUCUUUUUUGUCUGGGUUUGCAUCGCCAGUACUAAACCAACGGUGAGGCUUGGAUUCAAAAAUUACACCGGACAUCCCAAGGAUUACCGCAUCAAGAGUUUAAACGGAGUCCAUUUAAUAGCCAAGUAUAACUACCCGGUGGAGACGCACACGGUUCGCACCAGGGAUGGUUAUAUCCUCGAUAACUUUCGAAUCCCGUCAUCAGGGCGCUGUACGAAGAGCACACCAAAACCGGUCGUCCUCAUCCAGCACGGCAUGACCGCCUCGGCGGAUUCAUUCCUGAUGACCGGACCCAAGACUGGACUGCCUUUCAUGCUAGCCGACGCCUGCUACGAUGUGUGGCUGAGCAACUGCCGCGGAGUGCGCUACUCCCUGCGUCACUCAAGCCUGAAGUCCUCCCAGGACUCCUUCUGGAGCUUUAGUUGGCAUGAAAUCGGAAUGGAGGACCUGUCCGCCCAGAUCGACUAUAUCGUGUCGACCACUAAUCAGAGUGCGUUGCACUUCGUGGGUCACUCGCAGGGAUGUACCACGCUGAUGGUCCUGCUCAGUAUGAAACCGGAAUACAAUUGGAAGGUCAAAACUGCCAACCUCAUGGCCCCCGCCGUUUUCAUGCAACACUCCACCGCCGGCGUAAUAAAUAAACUCCAGAAAAUCAUUAUGAAAAUGAAGGACUGCAGUUUUUUUGGCCAAACCAGUGUGCUGAAUUUCGUAGUAGGGCUUUUUUGCAAACUCUCCUCUUUAAAAAAGUUCUGCUUAAAUUUGUACAUGCUCUCCGGCUCUCCGUCCAAGAACAUGAACAAAACCAUCAUUCCUACGCUGUUGGCAACGCACCCGGCUGGAAUUUCUUCGCGUCAGCCCAAGCACUUUCUUCAGGUCAGAAAAUCAGGCAAAUUUCGGCCAUUCGACUUUGGAGUAAAAAAAAACCGAAUGGUCUACAAGCAAGUCUUGCCUGAGGAAUAUCCAUUGGAAAAGGUCCGUCCGAUGUCUCCCAUCCACAUUUAUUACAGUGAUGGGGACAAAAUGACCACGACGAUUGAUGUUCUGAUACUAGCCAACAAAUUGGACAAAGUUGUGAAGCAUCACAUUCCUGACUCAACCUGGGACCACACGGACUUUAUUUUCGCCAAGACAGUAGAUAAAGUCAUCAAUGAACCAAUUAUCGGAAUUAUAGAUCAGUUCGAAAAUUUAGAAACAAUGCAGCUAAUAUUGUUUGUACCUUUUUUUGCCCUGCUGAGCAGCGGAAAAGCCUUAUCGGAGAAUAACGCGAGCCGCACUAAGUCAAUAACUGGGAUCGAUAUAAUAGCAAGCCACAACUAUCCAGUGGAGUCGCACACUGUCGUUACCAAGGAUGGCUACAUACUGACACCCUUCCGCAUCCCGUCUUCGAACCUCUGUACGAAGAGCGGGGUAAAGCCAGUCGUCCUCAUCAAUCACGGCCUGACCGGAUCGGCGGACACAGCCCUGCUAACCGGACCCAAGGACGGUCUGCCCUUUCUCUUGGCCGACGCCUGCUACGACGUGUGGCUGAGCAACAGCCGCGGAACCCGAUAUUCCAGGCGCCACGUAAAACUUAAGGUCUGGCUGCUUAAGUUCUGGCGCUUCAGCUGGCAUGAAAUUGGGAUGGAGGACUUGCCCGCCUUGAUUAACCACAUCUUGGCGAUCACGAAACAGAAUGGGUUGCACUUCGUGGGUCACUCACAGGGCACCACCACGUUGAUGGUGCUGCUCAGUAUGAAACCGGAAUACAACGCGGUGAUCAAGACGGCCAAUCUGAUGGCCCCUCCCGUCUUCAUGCAGCACUCCCUCUCGCUGGGACACAAGCUCCUGAAGCCCGUCUUGCAGAUCCUGCCCGACAGCGAGCUGUUGCCUUACCAAAGGCUAUUGAAUCCCGUGAUAGGAUCCAUGUGCAAGCUGAUGGGCGUAAAAGAUCUCUGCACCACCUUGUACCUUUUCUACAACGGACGAGUGUCCAAAGAAAUGAACAGGUCCAUCAUACCAUUGUUGAUCGCCACUCACCCGAACGGAAUUUCCACCAGGCAGCCAAAACACUAUCUACAGCUCAAGGACUCCUGGAGGUUCCGGCAAUACGACUUUGGGUUUGCCACCAAUUGGAUCGUCUACGGCCGAUCCUCUCCCCCGGACUAUCCGCUGGAAAAUGUCCGUCCGCUCUCUCCCAUCCACUUGUACUACAGCGACGAUGACGGUACCAUCUCGCCGAAGGACAUUCCAACGCUGGUCAGCAGGUUGUCCAAUGUGGUGGUACAUCACAUCACCAUCCCCACCUGGGACCAUAUGGACUUUAUUUUCGCUAGGAGCGUUAAUAAAGUGAUCAAUCAACCGAUUAUGCAAAUUAUUAAAGAUUUCGAGGAUUCCCAAUAUGGAUAAUGAAAUAUUUUUAGAAGAGUCUAAUCUCCCACGAUUUUUAUGUUUACUUUCAGAAAAGUAUACCGAACAUUCUUAAAAUCCCUUUCCAGUGCUUUUUUUAUAAUUUCGAUUUCUUUAUAAUAGAAAAAAAUUAUAACUGGUCAUUACAAAAUAAAUAA